GGGGCCGCUCCUGCCCACUGAGGAUGCUCAGGGCUCAGGCUGGUGUCCACUCUCCGUAUUCCGAGGUGCAGGCUCCAACGCCGGCCGGUGCCCGCCCCCUUCCCCUAAGAUCUCCGCUGCAGUAAGGCAGGGCGCCUCCUCCCCGCCCCCUCCGCCAGUCCGGGGGAGGGGAAGGGGGCGGGCGGCGCAGGGGGUGUGACAGCUCCCGCCCGGACCGGUGCCAGCUGCAGCCUUGCUUCAGCGCCCGGUGCCAGCUGGCUCCUUCGUCUGGGACGAAGGCGGAGGCUCGGGGCUCCUUGUAGCCGGUGUCGGUGGGGGGGUCGUCCCCCCCACCACGCCCCCACCCCUCUACUCACCCAAGAGGAGCCUCUCCACCGAGCCCUGCAUCCUGCUGCCCUGGCAGCCGGUCCAGCUAGCCGCUGGCCCCGUUCACUGUACCUGGACUUACCCACCAGCUCUCUCCGGAUCCCCUUAUCAAAGCGGAUGGGGGUCGCUGGGGACCCCCCAGCCUUUUGCUAGAGCCUGCAGGGCUGUGCGAGCUUGAAAAGAAACAUGAAGGUGAGCUGGCCAGGUGAGAGCUGCUGGCAGGUGGGCCUGGCUGUGGAGGAUAGCCCAGCUCUGGGAGCACCGCAGCUGGGAGCCCUCCCUGACGUGGUGCCGGAGGGGACACUGCUCAACAUGGUGUUGAGGAGGAUGCACCGGCCCCGAAGCUGCUCCUACCAGCUGCUGCUGGAGCACCGGCGUCCGAGCCGCAUCCAGGGGCUGCGCUGGACACCACUCACCAACAGCGAGGAGUCCUUGGAUUUCAGCGAGAGCCUAGAGCAGGCCUCCACAGAGCGAGUGCUCAGGGCUGGGAAGCAGCUGCAUCGGCAUCUGCUGGCCACCUGCCCGAACCUCAUCCGAGACCGAAAGUACCACCUUAGGCUGUAUCGGCAGUGCUGCUCUGGCCGGGAGCUGGUGGAUGGGAUCUUGGCCCUGGGACUUGGGGUACAUUCUCGGAGCCAAGCUGUGGGAAUCUGCCAGGUGUUGUUGGAUGAAGGUGCCCUCUGCCAUGUGAAACACGACUGGGCCUUCCAGGACCGAGAUGCCCAAUUCUACCGGUUCCCCGGGCCAGAGCCCGAGCCCAUGGGAGCUCAUGAGAUGGACGAGGAGUUGGCUGAAGCUGUGGCCUUGCUCUCACAGCGGGGGCCUGAUGCCCUGCUCACUGUGGCACUCCGAAAGCCCCCAGGUCAGCGCACCGACGAAGAGCUGGACCUCAUCUUUGAGGAGCUGCUGCACAUCAAGGCCGUGGCUCACCUCUCCAACUCGGUGAAGCGAGAAUUAGCGGCGGUUCUGCUCUUUGAACCACACAGCAAGGCCGGGACUGUGUUGUUCAGCCAGGGGGACAAGGGCACUUCAUGGUACAUUAUCUGGAAGGGAUCUGUCAACGUGGUGACACAUGGCAAGGGACUGGUGACCACCCUGCAUGAGGGAGAUGACUUUGGACAGCUGGCUCUGGUGAAUGACGCACCCCGGGCAGCCACCAUCAUCCUGCGAGAAGACAACUGUCAUUUCCUGCGCGUGGACAAGCAGGACUUCAACCGCAUCAUCAAGGAUGUGGAGGCCAAGACCAUGCGGCUAGAAGAACAUGGCAAAGUGGUGCUGGUGCUGGAGAGAGCCUCUCAGGGCGCUGGCUCUUCCCGACCCCCAACCCCAGGCAGGAACCGGUAUACGGUGAUGUCUGGCACCCCAGAGAAGAUCCUAGAGCUUCUCUUGGAGGCCAUGGGACCAGAUUCCAGUGCUCAUGACCCAACAGAGACAUUCCUCAGCGACUUCCUCCUGACUCACAGGGUCUUCAUGCCCAGCACCCAACUCUGCGCCGCCCUUCUGCACCACUUCCAUGCGGAGCCCGGGGGUGGCAGUGAGCAGGAGUGCAGCACCUACGUCUGCAACAAGAGGCAGCAGAUCCUGCGGCUGGUCAGCCAGUGGGUGGCCCUGUAUGGCUUCAUGCUCCACACUGAUCCUGUGGCCACCAGCUUCCUCCAGAAACUCUCAGACCUGGUGAGCAGGGAUGCCCGACUCAGUAACCUGCUGAGGGAGCAGUGGCCAGAGAGGCGGCGGCACUACAGGUUGGAGAAUGGCUGCGGGAAUGCAUCUCCUCAGAUGAAGGUGUCUGCCUGGCCCCAGCUUCUUUCCUCUGCUCCUGGACUGCAGGCCCCUCCUUCACCACCCCCCUCCCAGGGACUCUGUGCCCGGAAUCUGCCAAUCUGGCUCCCCAACCAGGACGAGCCUCUUCCCGGCAGCAGCUGUGCCAUCCGAGUUGGGGACAAAGUCCCCUAUGACAUCUGCCGGCCAGACCACUCAGUGUUGACCCUGCAGCUGCCUGUGACAGCCUCCGUGAGAGAGGUGAUGGCAGCGUUGGCCCAGGAGGAUGGCUGGACCAAGGGGCAGGUGCUGGUGAAGGUCAAUUCCGCAGGUGAUGCCAUUGGCCUGCAGCCAGACGCCCGUGGUGUGGCCACAUCUCUGGGGCUCAAUGAGCGGCUCUUUGUUGUCAACCCACAGGAAGUGCAUGAGCUGACCCCACACCCUGAGCAGCUGGGGCCCACUGUGGGCUCUGCUGAGGGGCUGGACCUGGUGAGCGCCAAGGACCUGGCAGGCCAGCUGACGGACCACGACUGGAGCCUCUUCAACAGCAUCCACCAGGUGGAGCUGAUCCACUACGUGCUGGGCCCCCAGCAUCUGCGGGACAUCACCACGGCCAACUUGGAGCGCUUCAUGCGUCGCUUCAACGAGCUGCAGUACUGGGUGGCCACGGAGCUGUGUCUCUGCGCGGUGCCCGGCCCCCGGGCCCAGCUCCUCAGGAAGUUCAUUAAGCUGGCUGCCCACCUCAAGGAGCAGAAGAAUCUCAAUUCCUUCUUUGCCAUCAUGUUUGGCCUCAGCAAUUCGGCCAUCAGCCGCCUAGCCCACACCUGGGAGCGGCUGCCACACAAAGUCCGGAAGCUGUACUCCGCCCUGGAGAGGCUGCUGGACCCCUCAUGGAAUCACCGGGUGUACCGGCUGGCCCUCGCCAAGCUCUCCCCUCCUGUCAUCCCCUUCAUGCCUCUUCUUCUUAAAGACAUGACCUUCAUUCAUGAGGGAAACCACACACUAGUGGAGAAUCUCAUCAACUUUGAGAAGAUGGCAAAAGCUCAUGCUCCGGUGUUGUCCGCAGCGAAUGAUGGCCAGAGCCGCGCGGAUGCUGCAUCACUGCCGAAGCCACAACCCUGUGCCUCUCUCACCACUCAGAAGCCGAGUUUCUCACCUCCACGAGGACAGCCAGGUGGCAAGGAUUUCCACCUGCUCGGAGCAGUCCCUGAGCACCCGGAGUCCAGCCAGCACGUGGGCUUAUGUCCAGCAGCUGAAGGUCAUCGACAACCAGCGGGAACUCUCCCGCCUCUCCCGGGAGCUGGAGCCGUGAGGAGGGGCUGGGACUGGAGCUGGAGCAGGCACUUGCUGCCAGGAAAGCUGGGGUGUGCUGGGCCAAGAUACACACAGGCUGGCCACAGCUGGGCAGGGCUCUCUGUGGAGUGGACUCGAGGCCCUGGAGCAGGCAGCGUGGAGGCAGCGGUCCCCUGUGAUGACUGGCAGCUAAGGAGGACCUCGGAGUGAACCCGAGCUGGGAAUGGGGAAUGACCCAAGGCCAAGGAACGGGGGACAGAAAGGCCCCAGCCGUGGGUGGAGAAUGGAGUGCGCUGGGACGUUGUGUGCAAUAGAGAGCUCUCCACACCAGGUGUU